UUAUCUUUUUACUUAUAAUAUCAGCUGUUUUUAACAGACUUGUGGGCACACUGUUAUCUAACAUUUUGAGUCAAUUAAAACUAGUUUACAUGAACUGUUAACACAAUUCGUUCAUUGCGAAUGCAGAGUGUAAUUAAUAAAAACACUAUUCGUUUAAUUUUCACAAGCAUGGUAGUCAAGCCGCUAAUAAACCUGAACAUUUGCAGUGUAUCUUAAAUUGAACAGUGAACAAGUUGAGUAGUUCGUAAUUGAACUGGUUCAGAACAACAGACAACUCUUAAAUCUAGGCAACGAGAAAAAAAGUUGUGUAAAAGAAACGUGUAUUAAUUAAAAGUACACGUACACGCAGUAUGUCGAACAAUGAUGUCGCCGUGCCGGCGACGGGAGAGGCUCCUGUGGCGGGUGCUGAGGGUCAACAGCAACAACAACAACAGCAGCCAACGCGCAUGGAAUCUUUUUUUGCCAUGACAAAAUCGUUGAUUCUGCGAGCGCUGAUCAUUUACUUUGUUAGCUCGUUCUUUCGCCGACCACAGCCAAACGCUAGCCAAGACAACGCAGUGGCCAAUGCGGGUCCCAAAAUAACCGCGUGGAACUUUUUCGAGAACGGUACAGAUUUCGACUUGCACGUUUGGCUCUCUGAGGAGCCAGAUGUGGUAAACUUCCAGCAGAAGGCGAAUUUGUUGUGGCUGCAAGAGGACCUCACCUAUGGCGACUGGAUCUCAGGCCCCACUGGCAAUGGCAUUUAUACACACAACCUUAAAAUCAAAGCCAGCUCGCAUUUGAUGAACAAUGGCAGCGUUUAUCUACACGCAUUUGUAACCCGCGCCGGCGAAAGCCCCGAUCCUAAAUCACCGAAGUACUCGCGAAAUGGUCACAUGGGUCAUCAGCAACACCAGUUGAACAAGUACAAGAAACUGCGCGUAAAUCGCAACUAUAAUCUGCUGGCAAGCGAGAAGGAGAAGUUGGAGCACGAGCUGAAGCACGCCAAUCUCAAAGAUCAGAUUGUGUCCCAUUGGCAUCCCAACUUGACCAUUAACCUGGUGGUAGAUCAGACAAAUUGGGCCCAGGGCAGCGUGCCUGCUCCACUGGAUGAGUAUGUGAAGUUCGUAGAUGGCGGCAAGACUUAUUUGCCAAUCGUGUUUGUCAACGACUACUGGAAUUUGCAGCGGGAAUAUCAACCGAUUAACCAGACAACGCCUGAGUUGGAUUUGCAGCUGACCUUUCAGCCUCUAGGCAUGUUCAAGUGGCAAUUGUAUGCCGCCAAGCAGAUGAAGAGCAAAUGGGCUGGCAACAUGCUGGGCGAAAUAAUGGCAGCUGGUGCUCCCGAAGAAUCAGACGAGGAUCAGGACUCGCUGAAGGAAACUUUGCUUGAUACAAACAUCUAUCUGCUGGGUAUUACAGUUGCCGUAUCCAUAUUGCACUCGGUGUUCGAGCUGCUCGCAUUUAAGAACGACAUUCAGUUCUGGAACAAUCGCCAAUCUCUGGAAGGACUCUCAGUGCGAUCUGUGUUCUUUGGAGUGUUUCAAUCCUUGAUUAUUCUGCUAUAUGUGCUUGACAAUGAGACGAACUUCAUGAUUCGUGUAUCCUGCUUUGUUGGUCUUGGUAUCGAGGUGUGGAAAAUCCACAAAGUCGUUGAUGUCAACUACAACAACCAGCAAAAAGUGCUGGGCAUCUUUCCGCGCAUCAGCUUCAAAGACAAGGGAUCGUACUCGGAGAGUUCCACAAAGGAGUACGACAAGUUGGCAUUCAAGUAUCUGGGAUGGGCAUGUUUCCCACUGCUCAUCGGCUAUUUCGUCUACUCGCUGCUCUACAACGAGCACAAGGGCUGGUAUUCCUUUGUGCUGAACAUGCUGUACAGCUUCUUGUUGACCUUCGGAUUCAUUCUGAUGACACCGCAGCUGUUCAUUAACUAUAAGCUGAAGUCAGUAGCUCAUCUGCCUUGGCGAAUGAUGACCUACAAAUUCCUCAACACCUUCAUCGACGACAUCUUUGCAUUUGUUAUCAAGAUGCCGACCAUGUAUCGCAUUGGCUGCUUCCGUGACGACAUUAUCUUCUUUGUGUUCCUUUAUCAGCGCUGGCAAUAUCGCGUUGAUCUUAAGCGCGUCAAUGAGUUUGGCUUCUCUGGCGAAAUGGAGGAGCAAGCCGCCAACAAGCGGCAGCAACUCGAGGGUGAGAAAUCCGCCGCCGGUUCAAUUGAAGGAGUGCCCAACAAUACCACAGAAGCAGGAACAGCAACAGCAACCAAAGCAACGCCGAACGCGACGCCGACCAAAAAGACAGCUGCACAAAAGAAGAAGGACUAGAUAGCCGUGCAUCCUAGACUAUGCAUUAGAACAAUUUUAACAAGUAAUAAUCGUGACAUAUACUCCAUUUGUGUGUAUGUAUUGUACUAUAUAUAUGCAAAAAUAAUCACACUUUCAGUAUACAUAGCAACGGACGGUUAAGCAGCCAAAUGUUAGCCGCAGUAGCAAACAUAUUUUAGUGGUAAUUGUAUGUGUAUUUGUUUGUUUUUGACCCCAUGAUGGUCCAUAGCAUUCGUCAUUGAAAUAAAUUCAGUGUGAGAAGUA